GUGCACAUGUAUGGGCAUCUGUGACAUUUUAGAGAAGAGGAAGCUAAUUCUUUCGAUUUAAACAGCUCUUUGGAAAAAAAAUAUAUAUAGGCUAUAACCUAACCUUAGCCUACCUCUCACAACUUCCCACUACCUUUUUACAAUUGUAUGAUUACCUGCUACUGUAGAGCAGGUCUUCAAGUCAUAACUUCUACUGAAGAUGCAUAAGAGAUAUCACUAUGCUGAUUUGGGUUGGGCAGUGUAUGUGAUGGCCAGUUUAGCCCUAUCCGAUAGUCUACUAAUAAUCCAAGCAGAAUGCAAUGAAGAUGUCUCUAUGAAGUGUGAAGCUGUCCAGGAUAAGAGCUAUCGAUCUGUUACAUGGUAUAAGCUGAACAACCAGACUGGUAUUAUCAGAAGAAGUAACGGUGAGAAGCCAUAUCCCUUUAGAUUUCCCCGACCUGCUAGGUUUGGACCAAUGGACAGUCUAGUUCUUCCCAGAGUCAGGCCUGAGGAUGCAGGGACAUACCAGUGUCUCCUCAGGGCCAACAUAGGACAGACUAACAGAGAUUCAAAGGUCACCCUCAAUGUAUCUACAGAUUGUGUGAUCCAUACUACAGUGGCAGUGACAGCAUGGCAGAACGUGACUCACACUACCCCAAUGUGUCCCAUACAAUUGGUUGAGGUCUCUGUCAUAUGGACUUCAUGUGGAUUCUUGAUUCUGGGCCUUGUCAAAAUCGCUCUGUGUCUCAUCUCUAUGGGGGUUGUUCGAAACAUCAAGAGGAGUCAUAGCAGGAGAAAAAAACAACAACAGUGGUAAAGAAAAUCUUGUCACAAACCCACGUUCUGAGCGCAGCGGUCUCAAGAACUGCUGGAUUGUUAGGUCUCUGGAAACAUUUGUUAAGCUGCGUUAACACAUGCAGACCAAUUCUGAUUUGUUUCCCUGAUCACAUCAGAUCUUUUCACAUCAGAUAUUUUUCAGCACUGAUUGAAUUGGUCAAAAAUAUCAGAAUUGGGCUACCUGUGUAAACACAGCUCUGGAGAGUUCACUAUGUCUCCUGGAUAAAAUGUUACAUUUGUGACAGAUGUAAUCACUUAAAGUAAAACCAAACAAUGUAAUGAAAGGUGUAAAUAUCUGCUUCAAAUAUAUUUCUGCUUUGUUUUGCUAAAAUCUUGCAGUAAUACCCUGAGCAGCUUUUCAGCAAAUGCAGUUCUGUAUACUUAUUGUAGACCCUACUUAUCACAGACUACCGUAUCGAUUUUAUUCUGCCAAUACCAGAGUUGAUGAGUGAAGAUGCAUUGUUUUGAUUUUCCUUCCAACCACUUUGUGAAAACUUUGAUGCUGAUGAGGUAUGAUUCAUGUCCAGAAUAGCCAGUAGCCCCUGCUGAUUGUGCCUUAUUGAGUAAACUCAACGCUGUUCAAACAGCAGGAUGCUGUGAGGACAACUUUGGGCAGGGGUUCUCAAACUUCUUUGGCCCACAACCUAAUUUUGAUAUCUAAAAAUUCUUGCAACCCCAAUCAUGUGAAAAAAUAUGUAAAAUUAUGUAAUUAACAGCCAAUGUUUACUUUUUUACUUGGGGCUCUGGCAGUCAAUUGAAUAACAUUCUAACAGUAUUUCUGAUUGUCUUCUCAACUCACCAUCACAUACUUUUAAUGUGGGGCUAAUGACAGUCAAUUGCAAGUUAGUCUGACAUAAUGUAUCUUAUCUCACCACCACUAACUAAUGAGAUGGAUGUGUUUGAUGCAUGUCGAGUCGGAGCUUCUCAAAGUCAGGGGACGUGGUCAACAGCGCACACCGCAUCUCUGCUGUCACAUCCAACCUGGAUCAAUAUUUGGUUUUAAUGCAGACGAGAGCACUGAAACCAGCUUCACACACAUAUUAGGUGGCGAAGAGUAGCCUACCAUGAGUUUUAUGGUGCUUUCAAGACAACUGGGAACUCAGAAAAGUACGAGGUCAAAUCAUGACGUCAGUGAUUGUUAGGUCGGAAAGUUGGAGUUCUAGAAAAUUGGAAUUCCCCGUUGGAGCACUUUUCUUUCCAAGUUCCUAGUUGUCUUCAACGCACUGAAGUCGGACAUUUCCGAGUUCCCAGUUCCUAGUUCCCAGUUGUUUUGAACUCGACCAUUAAUGCUCAGAGGGAGACGGCAGGGGAAUUCCCUUUGAGUCAGGAACCAAAACUCCUCUGUAGUGAACUUGAAUGCAUUGUUUUCAGCAUUCGGUCACAUGACAGUUCAUCAGCGGUUCAAUUUCACUUACCAGCAUGUCAACUGAGCCAGGGUCACAGUCAAACGAAUUGGGAAGUACAGUAGGUCCCAAAGUGCUCUUCGAAGCGUUGGAGGUAAGCAGUCAUCACUCGUAUGGGACACUUACUGAUGCUGUUUUCUGUUAUUUUCUUUUAAUUACACAGAAAGUCAACCAAGUCUGUAUUCUUUAGAUCCGUUGUGAAUGACAGUACCUCUCUUAAUAUGAAAAAUAUUUCCAAAAUUCCCCCUCAAUAACCACCAAGCCUCGGUGUGAAAUAGAACAUUGUCAUGCUCUGAUCCAAUAUCUUCAUGUAGUUUUGCGAACAGGUUUACAAGUACAAGGAUCUGGUUUGAUGUAGUUUACAAUCAAAGUUACCUGCUGCAGUAAAUUCUGUGCUCAGCUCUUUUGCCGCCAGUUGCUCUCGGUAUAUCAUACAGUGGUCCAUAUGGCAGAGGGAGACACAUUCAUAACUAGAGUGCAGAGGCCUGCAUGCCGUCCUGCCGUAGAUGAUUCAAUCCCAUAUGGAAUCAGUUUUCAUCAAUACAGCCAUGCAGCACACUGAACAUCCUCUAUUCCAUUUCAUGCUCUGGAAUCGUGAGAAAGAACAAUAUGUCCUCGUGAAUAGCAUCCCCCGAAAUGUAUAGCGAACAAAAGUCAAUGCGUGGGCAACUCAGCCCUCACAGUUCAGUCAGAGUUUCCUCUUGAUUGCUAGCAAUAGCAUAACUCCUUAAUUUAACAGUGUUAUCUUUGACAACGGUAUUGAUGUGUGUUUCUGUGCCUCUGCCUCUGCCUCCCCACACAUUGUUUUCACCAUAUCCAUUGCAGCCGGUAAUAUCAAAGUUUCUGCUAUAGUGUGUGGUUUCACAGCAUAGUGGGCCUAGCCAUUCACCGUUGGAAUUAUUCAAGUGUGGCCUUUCCCGUGGUCUAAGGGCACUCCCUGGCUCAAUUUCAUCGUUAGAAUUGAAUAAUUUUCAUUUAGGUUUUUAAGGUUAAGCACAUUUCAAUGAUUUUGAGAUACAAAGAAGAUAUUAUAAUAUACACUAUAUACACAAAAGUAUGUGGACACCCCUUCAAAUUAGUGUAUUUGGUUAUUUCAGCCACCCCCGUUGCUGACAGGUGUAUAAAAUCGAGCACACAGCCAUGCAAUUUCACAGACAAAAAUUGGCAAUAGAAUGGCCUUACUGAAGAGCUCAGUGACAUUCGACGUGCCAACGUUAUAGGAUUUCACCUCUCCAACAAGUCAGUUCGUCUAAUUUCUGCCCUGCUAGAGCUGCCCCGGCCAACUGUAAGUGCUGUUACUGUGAAGUGGAAAGGUCUUGGAGCUACAAAAGCUCACCCAUGAAGUGGUUGGCCACACAAGCUCACAGAACGGGACCGCCGAGUGCUGAAGCGCGUACUGCGUAAAAAUCGUCUGUCCUUGGUUCUAAUACUAACUACCGUAUUCCAAACUGCCUCUGGAAGCAAUGUCAGCGCAAUAACUGUUCUUCGGGAGCUUCAAGAACUGGGUUUCCAUGGCCGAGCAACCGCACACAAGCCUAAGAUCACCAUGCGCAAUGCAAAGCGUUGGCUGGAGUGGUGUAAAGCUCUCAUAGGACUCUGGAGCAGUGGAAAUGCAUUAUCUGGAUUUAUGAAUCACGCUUCACCAUCUGCCAGUCUUACAGACGAAUCUGGGUUUGGCGAAUGCCAGGAGAGCGCUACCUGCCCGAAUGCAUAGUGCCAACUGUAAAGUUUUGUGGAGGAGGAAUAAUAGUCUGGGGCUGUUUUCAUUGUUCUGGCUAGGCCCCUUAGUUCCAGUGAAGGGAAAUCUUAACGCUACAGCAUACAAUGACAUUCUAGAUGAUUCUGUGCUUCCAAAUUUAUGGCAACAGUUUGGGUAAUGCCCAUUCCUGUUUCAACAUGACAUUGCCCCUGUGCACAAAGUGAGGUCUAUACAGAAAUGGUUUGUGCGCGUCAACGAGCGUCUGCGUAGAAAAAUAGAAGUCAUUUCUAUUUCUGACGCAGAUCGCGCUGCCAGUCCUGCCUCUCCCAUCUCCUCAUUGGUUUAUAGGAGCAGGUACCCACGUGCAAUCUCGGAACUUUGUUGCCGGUCGUCGUGGUAAUACUAUGAAAGUUUAGAUGCCAAUCACCAUAUAAGUUCAAAGAUGAAAAAGCCUGGAAGGAGGAGAGAUAACUAGAAACAAUUCGGUUGACCGUUUUGUGUGGAUUAAUUGUCGGUGUAGAGGACCUUGUGCAUUUCAGGUAAAAUAACAACUCAUUGUUUAUAUUCCAGGACAAAUUAGCUAGCAACAGCAAGCUAGCUAAAUAGGACAAAUUAGCUAGCAAGUGCAAGCUAGCUAGCUAAAUUGCCAUAUGUGUUUAAUGCUUUUCGACCUGUCCCCAAAUUAAUGUAAUUGGUGCAGAGUUUGUUUUGAUAUUUUAACCUGCUUUCUAUUGUUAUUGUACUUUCAUGUUAUUAACUAUGUAGUCCAGAAUAUUAAAAUGUUAGAAGGCUAAGGUGUUUUUCUCUAUUCAAUUGUAUUGUGCCUUGUUUUUUUUGUGUGCCCUGGCAGAGUGCUGGCACCACUCUGCCAGGGCUCCAACCUCCUCCCUGAAGGCUGUCUUGUCGCUGUCGGGGAUCAGGCCUACCAGUGUCGUGUCGUCAGCAAACGUAAUUAUGGUGUUGGAGUUGUGCGUGACCACGCAGUCAUGGGUGAACAGAGAAUACAGGAGGGUACUGAGCACACACCCCUGGGGGACCCCCGCGUUGAGAGUCAGUGUGGCAGAGGUGUGGUCGCCUACCCUGUCAGGAAGUGCAGGAUUCAGUUGCAGAGGGAGGUGUUCACACCCAGUGAUUGAGAUGACUCAGAAAAGCUACAUUUUUAAUAUAUAGCACUGUUAAUAUAACCUAUGUUAGUGAAUUUAUGUAACACCUGCGUUGGAGGAAAAUUCUUAGCAACAACAGUGAUCAGCUUGCAUUUAAACCUCUGUCGUAUCUCUGUCUGUCUGUUUGUCUGUGCUAUGUUUCCCUGUUUAAAAACACCCCAUCAAGAAUGUAUGUGUAACCAACAACUAAGAAAAUGAUUCUUUGUUUCGUCAUUGAUAAUCCUCCUACUGCCCAUAAAAGGCUGUUGCUGUUUCAGUUCCUGUCCCUGCUUUCUUACCUAAAGGCAAAAUUAAAGAGCUAUAAAUCA